GUUACACCAACUUAAAAUGGCCAAGAUUGCAGUGAUCUUCGUUUUGUUCGCCCUGUUCGCCGUUGUCAUGUCUGCACGCAUCGCACGUGAGGAGCCGGCUAAGCCUAAUGAGCUGUUAGAUGCAAUUACAUCUGGACUUAACAAACUCGUUGAAGAUGUAAAAUCAAACCUGACUCCGGAGAAAAUUGAGGAAGCGAAGAAACAAAUUGAAAAGGCUUUUUCUGACGCUCUUACGGCCGCACAAAGUUCAGCAGCUAAGCUCAACGCAGAUUUCCAGAAAGUUACACCUUCUCCCUAGGAAGUUAAUGGAUGGCAAUUUAUUCACUUUACCAAAUAUGUCGCUAAUAAACGUGUAAACUAUAAAACAA